AUGGCUGAACCAAAUAAUAGAACACUUAGGGAGUUAGCUGCACCGGAUCUAAACCAACAACCUCUAUGCAUAACAAUACCAAAUCUUGAGGUUGAUUUUGCUUUAAAAUCUGGUUUGAUUCUUUUACUCCCUAUUUUUCGAGGUUUGGCUGGUGAAGACCCACAUAAACACUUGAAAGAGUUUCAAGUAGUUUGUGCAGGUAUGAAACCACGUGGGGUGACUGAUGAGCAUAUAAGUCUUAGAGCAUUUCCAUUUUCAUUAAAAGAUAAAGCAAAAGAUUGGCUCUAUAAUCUUCCCCCCGAUUCAGUUAACACGUGGAAUGAUGUGAAAAAACUAUUUCUAGAAAAAUUCUUCCCUGCAUCUAGGGCAACUAAUAUUAGGAAGGAAAUAUAUGGGAUAAGACAAUGUACAGGUGAAACAUUGUACGAGUAUUGGGAAAGAUUCAAGGAGUUGUGUUCUAGCUGUCCACACCAUCAAAUCUCAGACCAACACUUGAUACAAUACUUUUAUGAAGGGCUGUUACCUACAGAUAGAAGUAUGGUAGAUGCAGCUAGUGGUGGUUCUUUGGCUGACAAGACACCCACGGAUGCUAGACAAUUAAUAUCAACCAUGGCCGAAAAUUCUCCACAAUAUGGGACACGUGCGGAUGGAUCUAUUCGUAGAGUUAACGAGGUAAGUACUUCUCAACUUGAAAAUAUAAUUUCAGAUUUGACUACUCUUGUGCGUCAAAUGGCUGUAGGACAAAUGCAAUCUACGGGAGCAUGUGGAAUAUGUUUAUUUGUCAAGCAUCCCACAGACAUGUGCCCAACAUUGCAAAAUCCAAAUCAAGAGUUGAAUGCAAUAGGGGGAUUUCCUGGUCAACCCAACCGAAAAUAUGAUCCCUUUUCAAACCAGUAUAAUCCCGGAUGGAGAGAUCAUCCAAACUUGAGCUAUGGGAAUCAAGGAGCGCAACCAAGGUUUCAAAAUCAGAAUUUUAGACAAUUCCAAACACCUCAGCAAUCCUAA